AUGUCACAACCUUCAAGUGCACAUUAUCCGAUACAACUGCUGCUGCUGCUGCUGCUGCUGCUGCUGGUACACCAGCAGCCAUUACCUCCUAUUCCCCCAAAGUUACCGCCAUUGACUUCAGAAGCUGCUGCUGCAUCAAAAACAACUACUAGAGACGGUUUACCACCACCACCGCCGAUAACUUCUUCACAGAGUAUCUAUUCACUCCCAGCAUUAAGAGCUCCUUCAAUAUCAACACCAACUUCACUAACAACUUCGUUACCUGCGCUUACUCCAACGUUGACAAAUGCGACACAAUCAACACUUUCGUCCUCCUCUUCAAAGGAGUCUGCACUUUCUUCUUCAACAGCACCAUCUGUGCUAACUACUACUCCUAAUACUAAUGCUAAUACUAGCAUUAGAAGUUCUUCUUUGUCGUUAAAGUUAAAUAAUAAUAAUUAUACAACAUCUGCCAGUCAGGGGAAACUGAAGAAUAAAAGGUCGAGCAAGGGAAGAGUCUUCCAGUGUACCGGAUAUCUGGGUUGUAGCAUGUCCUUUACAAGAAGUGAGCAUUUAGCUCGUCAUAAAAGAAAACAUACAGGAGAAAGACCGUUUACUUGCCCUUAUUGCUGUAAGAAUUUCCUGAGAUUAGAUAAUUUAAGACAACAUAAACAAACAGUACAUGCUUAUGAAACUUAUUUAACAAAAGAUAAUAGUGAUAGCAAGUUGUUAAUUGAACGAUCCAAGCUGAUAAAGAAGAUGAAGCAGCAACAGCAGAGAAAAACCGACUUAGCCCUUGCGUUGCAAUACCAACAGCAACAGCAACAGCAACAACAACAACAACAGCAACAACACCAGCAACAACAUCAGCAACAACAUCAGCACCAGCACCAGCACCAGCAACAUCAUCACCACCACCAAUUAACCACAAUUCCAGCAGAUUCCUACCGGCAACAUUAUGUUUUCAGGCAGCAGCCAACCACUACAGCCACUAAUCAAAAUCACUCUGCACAACUGUUGCCGCCCUAUCAUCAGCAAAGCAUCUACCCUCAAGCAUCAUCAUCUUAUAUCUACACACAACAACAACAACAACAACAACAACAACAACAACAGCAGCAGCAGCAGCCUAUUCCACCUCUGUAUCAAAAACCAUUACCACCAUUGCCACCAAUACUUCAUCGACUUGAUGAACAGAAUGCACCAGUAUCUCCAAAAGAACAACACAAUAGUGAUAAAGAAGAGGAACUUAAAUUGCCUAGCCACUCAUUCAAGCCGAAGAAGAGACCACAACCAUUAGCAUUGCAACAUUCUACUUUUGGAUCUGAUGACUCUUUAGCUACUUCAACUGGAACUGCAGCUGCUGCUGGUUCAGCUGGUGCACAUGCUCCAGCAACAAUGGGUAUAUCAGCAGUACCAUUAUCAAAAUCUCCCUCGUUAAAUGAUGUUCAUUACAAUUACAGAAAUAAUGGUAGUUUUAGAAACAAUUUAGGUCUACAAUUCCCACCGCCACCACCACCACCAAAAUCAGCAUCUUCCGUUGCUUCAUUAACUCCAAACUUGGCAAGUCCACUCUCUCCAUUAUUCUAUUCUUCAUAUAAUGCUCCGACGAAGAAUAAUAGUAAUAGUAACAAUAACAACAACAACAACAACAACAAUAACAUUAAUAAUAAUAAUAACAAUAAUAGUACUACUACACUUUGUCAUCAGCAUCCACCGCCACUACCUCACAUUCAUCCUCAUCAUCUCAAUGGUUUUUCACAUAGUUCACCGUAUCAUAUGCACAACAACAACAACAACAACAACAACAACAACAACAACAGCAACAACAGCAGCAACAACAGCAGCAGCAUCAGCAGCAGCAUCAGCAGCAGCAAUAACAGCAAUAACAGCAAUAACUACAACAGUAAUAACAAUAACAGUAAUAACAAUCUCAACACCUCCAAGAACUCGGCUGUUGGUCAUUCAGCAAAUACUUCUACAAUGUCCAGUUCCAAUUCUUCAACAUCAUCAAUGUCCAUAAAAUCACCUAUGUCUCUGCAUUUUUCAAUACUGUCUAAUACUUCAUCAAGUCAAAGUCAGGGAAGUCAUAGAGAUAGUUUCGGAUUAGUUGCGUACAAGAAUUUGCCAAUGCAUUUACAUCCAGCUAAUAGUAGCAUAUCUGAGGAGAAUUCGACAUUCAUUGCAAACAAUAAUGCCAGUAAUGAUGAGGAGACUCAUACUAAUCAAGCGGCAAACUUGCAUAGUCAAGAUUCGCCUGAUGUGAAACGAGAGUUUAAGAGUAGUUGGUUAAAGGGGGUGUUGAAUACUGAUAAUGAGGUGAAGGAGAUCACACAACCACCACCACCACCACCACCACACCCUCCUCAAGAUAAUGAUUUUAUGAUGAUUGAUGAGGAUGAAGAGGAUAAAAAGGAAGAACCAAUCGCUGCCGCUGGAAUAACAAUCACCUCCAUUGUCAAGAAAGAUGAUACAAUGGAAAACAUGUCAGUACCUCGAGCGGCCUCACCGAGUUUAUAUACCACACCACGAAUUCAACCAGAUGGGCAAAAUCCUAAUCUUGCAUCUCUGCAAGAUAUAUCUCAGGAAAGUCAAGCUACAAAUAACAAAGAUGUCUAUUCGGGUGUAACGGUAAAUAGAGGAGGAGAUAAGUGUACACCUGUUACAUCUCAAGAGACAGUACAGCAAGCCGAAACGAUGGAGGGCGUGAAGAAAAGAUCUAUCUAUAUCUCGUUGAUUGACCAACCUCCUCCCUCGACGCAACUGCAGCUGCAGCUGCAGUUUACGUCUAUAGCAUCCUCAACAGCUUCGGAACCGCACGUUUCUAAAAAGCCUACUAUUAACAGUUUGAUUAUGUAG